AAAGCGGGAGUGGAACUUACGCCCGGCGCGCUCGCACUGGAUGAUUUCUUUGGCUUGGGGGGGACAUUCCGCACGGACGAAGCCACUAUCAACUGGGCGGUGGCGGUGUACGCGCUGUACCGGGUGCACAAUGGCCAGCGACGCCAUCUGUUGGCGACGAGCGAAAUCUUGGGCGCUUUCGGCGAGUACUUGAGGGAGGGGCGCAGCGGCCACGGCACGGACGCGUGA